AGACGGAAUAUAACGGAGCUUUUUUAGGCGUAGAUUGGGUUGAGAUUGCCGGAGCGGAGAUGGGUCUGUCAGCCGCAUUUUGGACUGCACUUUGACUCUGCUUCGCAUCACUUUACAUUCAAGGAUUCAUAUCUAAAUUAAAUAAAUUACUGUGAAUACCCAGAUUCAUUCCAAUACCCAGAUUUCACAGAUUGGGUAUGAUAUUGUUACAUUUCAUCCAACCCACCCCGGGGCGGGGCACAUUGGGGUUUUUCCCACUCUCGGUUUUUACAGGAGGGAAUGCGAAUACGACGAUACGUGUACUGCUGGCGGUAGCUCCGGUGGCGCUGCCGACGGCGUAUUUGUUACUGCUUAAAUACCAGCUUGCGCUACGGACUGUUGUGGAGGCUAGGGUUUCGCCGCCGGAUGCGUUUUUACCGUUGCCGACUUUAUCUACGAAAAGAGAGGAGGAUGAAGAUGAAGAUGAGGACGGGGAGGUGGAAGAAGAGGGAGAGGGGGAUAGGAAGGUAAAUGGAAUUGGGGAUUCGGUAGCGCCGGACGUUACGAAGAAUCCGGGGGGUUAUGUUGUUGCGAGGGAACGUGUAACUUCGCAUUGGAUUGCGAUUAGUGCGUUGAAGCCGGAGUUUGUGGUGAAACGACCAGUUAGGGGUCGGAAGGAAAGCGAAAAGAAGACGGGAAACGAGGAUGGUAGUGGAAGUGAAAGCGAAGAGGAGGAGGAAGAGGAAAGUGGGAGCAGGCUGGAAGGCCUCCUUGAAGCAUACCUCGCUGCAACUAUGCGCGCGUUCUCGUGGACGCCACAGGCGCUUAUCAUGGCUGGGAUGGGGUCUUCGGUUCAAGACCCAGCUGGGUAUAAGAGAUCGUUCGCGAGGGAUUAUCUCAAUACCUGCAGAUUUAUGGUUGGAGACCGCGUGUGUGGCGUUUAUGUCGUACGCGCGAGGGAGGCAGGGAGAGUGGUUUUGGAUUUAUCACCACCUGUGGGAUGGAAGGGACCGGUUGUGUCUGGGGUGAUCGAUACUGGGUUUGAGAGAGUAGGGGAGGAUGUGAGGCUUGUGAAUGAGACGAUUAUGUGGAGGAGAAAGGAUGAGAAGAAACCGACUUUGUUAGAGGGACGGCUGGGUAGGUGGAUGCAUACGCUAAUGGCGAGUUGGUUGGUGGUUAGGGGGGUGAAGGCUGUGUUGGAUGGGUAGGGAGGCGAGAGGCGAGAGGCGAUUGAGGCGUUAUGACUAGACGGAAUCUCGUGUAUUUUUAUGUACGAUUUAUGAUAAUUUCCCCUCCAGCCAUGUAUAUACCAUAUACCCAACUCAUCAUUGCACUAACGUCAAGUAAUCGACUCUUACUCUCGGUAGUUAUGUCGUACAACCACACCUUUUUAGGACGUAGAUUCUUAUGAUCGAGAUAUUACAGUAGUUAGGGAUAGGAGACAAGUUAAACCAUGCUAAAUUUACUUUGACUUCAGACGCGCCUUUCGUAGUUCUACAUAGGUAACUCGACUCCCUCUAGAGAUGUAAGUGACUCCUAAAUUCUACCGUACCUAGGUAGCCUGAAUAACAUUGGCGAGGUUGAAAAAAAAAAAUUGGACGAGAG